GCACGCUCCCUCCCGCACUAGUAGACAGGUCUACUACUUUCCCCCUCCUUCCUCCUCCUCCGUCUCUCUCUUCGUCUUCUUCUACACCCAGAUCUCUCUCGCUCUCUCUCUCUCUCUCUCUCUGUCAAUGGCUUUACCGGUGGAUAACAGUCACAGUAGUGAGAGCAGCGAUCGCAACCAUGUCUUAGACAUAUACCCUCUCAGCUGCUACUUUUUCGGUUCCAAAGAAGCCCUCCCUUUCAGGGACGAGACCUUAUCCGAUCGCAUCCACCGCUUCAAAUCCAACUAUGCUGCUUAUGGGAUGAGGACUUGUGUGGAGGCUGUCAUUCUGGUUGAAUUGUUCAAACAUCCUCAUUUGUUGCUCUUGCAAGUACGUAAUUCUGUCUUUAAGCUCCCCGGGGGUCGCUUAAGACCAGGUGAAUCAGAAGUUGAUUGUCUGAAACGUAAGCUUUCAAGCAAGCUAUCAGAAGGCAGUGUGCUUGAAUGGGAGGUGGGAGAAUGCCUUGGAAUGUGGUGGAGACCUGACUUUGAAACUUUAAUGUUUCCAUAUUUGCCACCAAAUGUGAAAAAGCCUAAGGAGUGCACAAAACUCUUUCUUGUCAAGUUACCAGAGAGUCGGAAAUUCAUUGUGCCAAGAAACUUCAAAUUGCUUGCAGUUCCAUUGUGCCAAAUACAUGAAAAUCACAAGACAUACGGGCCGAUUAUAUCAGGAGUUCCGCAAUUGCUUUCAAAAUUCUCCUUCAACAUCAUCGAAUCCUGAAGCAGGCCACUUCUUCAGAAUUGAUCGCCUUUAAGGGAAAUGUUUUGAAGAGACUUGGGAAGGCCUUCAAGAUGGCAAAUUUUUUGUAAUAUUGAGUCUUUUCUGGAAACAACUCUUUCUAAGAUGAACUCGGAAAUAUUUGUAGACAUAGAAGCAGCUGAACAUUCUGCAAGAUAUGUGUGUUGUUAACACUGAGGCCGAUAUGGUCAGAAUUUCAUCCUUAUGCUGUACUGGUGACUGGUAGCUAAAUUAUCAGUAGUCAUGCUUCAUGAAUUGAUUUCAAGGCUAGUUUUGUGUUUGUGUUUGAUUUGAAGGCUAGGUUUUGUGUUUGAUUAAUGGAAGUCGAAUCUUUCUAUGUUGUAUUAAAAAAGUACAAUGAAAUGGAAUUUUUUGAAAUAAUGUAGUAAAUUUAAAACUCGAUGGCGAAACUUUCAUUAAUUUAGCAUGAUUUUUGUCUC